CACGCGCUCUGCGGAUAUAUAAAGGAGGGGUCUGUCCACAGGGGCCACAGUUUCUUUGAGUCAAAACUCUAGAAAGCAUCAAAAAAUGAGCGGAAGAGGCAAAACCGGAGGCAAAGCCAGAGCUAAGGCCAAGACCCGCUCCUCUCGGGCCGGGCUCCAGUUCCCGGUCGGUCGUGUCCACAGGCUGCUGCGUAAAGGAAACUAUGCGCAGCGUGUGGGAGCUGGCGCCCCCGUCUACCUGGCGGCUGUGCUGGAGUACCUGACCGCUGAGAUCCUGGAGCUGGCUGGAAACGCUGCCCGCGACAACAAGAAGACCCGGAUCAUCCCCCGUCACCUGCAGCUGGCUGUCCGCAACGACGAGGAGCUCAACAAGCUGCUGGGUGGAGUCACCAUCGCUCAGGGCGGCGUGCUGCCCAACAUCCAGGCUGUUCUGCUGCCCAAGAAGACCGAGAAGGCCGCCAAGAAGUAAAGCUGGAGACCCUCCCUGCUGGAAACAGCCCCACAAAGGCUCUUUUAAGAGCCAAACAAAACGCUGAUAGGGAGACGUUUUCCAUUUCUGUUUAACUUGAAUGAACAACCACACAAAUGGUCUACAUGUAAAUAAAACAUUGAAGAAUGAA